AUGGAAAUUGCAGACAAUAUAACCGAUAAGAAUAACAGUAACAAUGGCGGAGAAACGGAGGAGAAUCCUCGGACUAAGCACAAAGGAAAGCACAAAAAGGACAAGCCAUGGGAUAACGAAAACAUCGACCAUUGGAAAGUCGAAAAAUUCGAUCCUUCUUGGAACGAAAGUGGCAUGCUCGAAGUCAGCACCUUCUCUACUCUCUUCCCCCAAUAUCGAGAAAAAUACUUGCAAGAGUGUUGGCCGAUUGUUAAAGGUGCAUUAAAAGAACAUGGCAUUGCUUGUGAAUUAAAUUUAGUUGAAGGAUCCAUGUCUGUUUCAACUACUAGGAAGACUAGGGAUCCUUAUAUCAUUAUUAAAGCAAGGGAUCUCAUUAAACUUCUGUCAAGAAGUGUCCCUGCGCCUCAGGCUAUAAAGAUCCUAAAUGAUGAGAUCCAGUGCGACAUCAUUAAGAUUGGCAACUUGGUGCGCAACAAGGAACGAUUUGUCAAAAGAAGACAGCACUUAGUCGGCCCCAAUUCAUCUACUUUGAAGGCACUGGAGAUUUUGACCAAGUGCUAUAUCCUCGUUCAGGGAAACACGAUUGCUGCCAUGGGAUCAUUUAAAGGUCUUAAACAAGUGAGGAAGGUUGUAGAAGAGUGCAUACUGAAUAAAAUGCAUCCAGUAUAUAAUAUCAAGAUCCUAAUGAUGAAGCAACAUCUCGCUGAGAAUCCAGCACUUGUAAAUGAGAAUUGGGACAGAUUUCUUCCCAAAUUUAAGAAGAAAAAUGUUAAACAGAAGAAAGUUAAGUCUAAAGAGAAGAAACCGUACACACCCUUCCCUCCACCACAACCACCUAGUAAGGUUGAUAUGCAACUGGAGAGUGGGGAAUAUUUCUUAGCUGACAAGAAGAAACAAGCAAAGAAGUGGCAAGAGAAGCAAGAUAAACAAGCUGAAAAGACAGCUGAAAACAAAAGGAAACGGGAGGAAGCAUUUGUCCCGCCUGAGGAACCUGUACGACAAGAUUCCAGAGCUACUGAUGACAAGAAUGAUGUGGCAGCCAUAGCCUCGUCUUUGAAGAAAAAGGCCAAGGAGCUCCGGAUGCAAAGAUCUGCUGAGAAGAUCGAUGCUGAAGCAUAUAUUGCAGCUUCUGAAAAGCCAUCAGCCAAAAAGAAAUCCAAGAACUCCUAA